UUAAUCUGGCUGUGGGAAUGCCCCCGGAUCUUUGUGUGGUUGGAUGUGUGAGUGUGUGCCUACACUAGCAAAUACUGGGAGCCUGGGUCAAGGCAAAGCCGGAGGGAUGGUGAGCCUGGCGAACUGGUCCUGAGUUCCAAAGCGCCCUCGGACUACUCGCUGAAUGGACCUGCUGGGCAUCGCUGCUUCCAUGGUGCAGAGCGAGUCAGGAUGGUUCUCCACGCCGAGCCCAUCCUGCUCAGUUACCGCUCCCUGGACAACGCCGAGAGCCUCCGCCACUGGCAGGAGCUGCCGCUCUUCCCCAGCGAGGGGAGCUCUUCCCCGAGGCUGGGGGACGGGGCAGAGCCGCUCACCGCCAACACCAGCAACUCCACCGACUGCGGAGAGGAGAUCCUGCUGUACGGGGACGUGGAGAAAGUUAUCAUCGGCAUCAUGCUCUCCAUCAUCACUCUGUGGACCAUCGCAGGCAACUCGCUGGUCAUCAUCUCGGUCUGCAUCGUCAAGAAGCUCCGGCAGCCCUCCAACUACCUGGUGGUCUCCCUGGCUGCGGCCGACCUCUCGGUGGCCUUGGCCGUGAUGCCCUUUGUGAUCAUCACCGAUCUGGUGGGGGGAGAGUGGCUCUUUGGUAAAGUUUUCUGUAACGUUUUCAUCGCCAUGGAUGUAAUGUGCUGCACAGCUUCAAUCAUGACCUUGUGUGUGAUCAGUGUAGACAGGUACUUGGGAAUAACGCGUCCUUUGACAUACCCAGUGAGACAAAAUGGAAGAUCAAUGGCCAAAAUGGUGAUCACCGUUUGGCUCCUUUCAGCAUCCAUAACCCUACCACCAUUGUUCGGCUGGGCCAAAAAUGUCACGGUGGAUCGGGUGUGUCUCAUCAGCCAAGACUUUGGCUACACUGUCUACUCUACUGGGGUAGCUUUUUAUAUCCCCAUGACUGUCAUGCUGAUAAUGUAUUACAGGAUAUACAAAGCCGCUAAAAUAAGUGCAGAAAAGCACAAGUUCAUGAGUAUUCCCCGGCAAUAUGAACAGGAUGGAGUCUACAACAUGGAGGAGGACAUUCGGGCCCACCAUGCCACCAAGAGGUCCAAGGCUGCAGAGGAAUGCGCCACCUUAUCUAAGCUCCUUAAGCAUGACCGGAAGAACAUUUCUAUCUUCAAGAGGGAGCAAAAGGCAGCCCGGACACUGGGGAUCAUUCUGGGAGCCUUCACCUUCUGCUGGUUACCCUUCUUCCUGCUGUCUGCAGCCCGGCCCUUCAUUUGUGGGAUUGAAUGCAGCUGCAUGCCCCUGAGAUUGGAGAGAACGUUGCUGUGGUUGGGGUACACCAAUUCCCUUAUAAACCCACUCAUCUACGCCUUUUUCAACCGAGACCUGAGGACUACUUUCUGGAACCUGCUGCGUUGCAAGUACAGAAACAUCAACAGGAGGCUUUCAGCUGCCAGCAUGCAUGAGGCACUCAAAGCCGCCGAGAGACACGAUUGCAUAUUGUAAUCUGAACCUCAGAAAUUGCACAAAGGAAUUUAGUGGACAGCCUGGAGGGAGACUGAUUGGAAACAAAAUGAGAACCAGAUAGCCCUCCAGGAGACGUUACAAAAUAUUUGAUCCCAUAUAGAUGCAAACAUUUGCAAAAUGAAACCGCGAUUAUUUUCACUAGGGAUCCAAACGCUGCCAGUCAUUGACAACGCUGGUGCAAUAUUUUCACUUUAAAGGCUGGCUAAGUGAAUGGAACAGAGCAACCGUACAGAAAAUAUCAUUGCAUCAAGAGGUAUCAAUGGCUAUGAAGAGAAGAACAAUUAAACAGAACUCUAAGGAGGAUUGAUAACAAUUCAGAAGGACAGUGUUGAGUUCAAAAUCAGCGAUCAAGUGAAUCAGCCAAUUGUUUUGGACCAAGAAUGUGAAUGCAAGAAAUGGAAUGGUUUUGAGUCACUAACAAAUCAUCGAGUGAAUUGGCUUUUUAAAGAACGUGAGACUGACCAAUAAGGGAUAAUGGGUUGGAAUGCAACUGAAAU